AUGGCCGAACUCCGACGUCGGUUUGGCGCAGACCUCGUAUCUACAUCUGACGGGAACAGCCCCUCGAACGACCCCUCCGAAGGCACCGUCAUAGGCAAAGAGACAAAGGAGACAAAGGACGAAGACAACUGCUAUAACUCCAGCAAGAAGGAGAUCGUAUACGUGAAAGCUCCCUCGACAUCCGAAGACGCCGCGCCGACGAAGAGACGAAGCAAGCGUCGGAAUGGGUUGAUAUUCGGGCUUGGAGGGAUCUUUGGGAUCUUUGUGGCCCUGUUCUUUGCAAACCACAAUGAAGUGAUCAGUUUGGAUGCGCUGAUGGACUUGAAUAUCGACUCGCUGAUCGAUGUUAUACCCGCGGGCAUCGUACGGGACGCAAAGGAAUUCUCACAAAGCGAGCGCGAUACAGUCAGCUAUGAUUCGUUCUCAGUGGGCCUGCACCUACAAUCACAGGGGGUUAAGGCACUGCACCCUGUCAUCAUGAUACCCGGAGUGAUAUCCACCGGCCUAGAGAGCUGGGGCACCGAUGAGAAAUCAAGGCCGUACUUCAGAAAACGCCUCUGGGGCAGUUGGAGUAUGAUGCGCGCACUGGUUCUGGACACGGCAGGCUGGAAAACCAAUAUCAUGCUAGACAAAGAGACCGGCCUUGACCCGCCGGGCGUCAAGCUACGGGCUGCGCAGGGCUUCGAUGCGACAGACUUCUUCAUCACGGGCUACUGGAUUUGGAACAAGAUAUUGGAAAACCUAGCAACGAUAGGGUAUGAUCCGACAAACGCGUACUCAGCAGCGUAUGACUGGAGACUGUCAUAUCUCAACCUAGAGCACCGGGACCAUUACUUUAGCCGGCUAAAGGACCACAUCGAGACCGCAGUGAAGCUCAACGACAAGAAGAUUGUUCUCGUCUCGCACAGCAUGGGAUCACAGGUAGCGCUUUUCUUCUUCAAAUGGGCCGAGCACAAGGGUUAUGGCAACGGAGGGCCUGACUGGGUGGACCGUCAUAUCGCAUCCUGGAUCAACGUCAGCGGCUGCAUGUUGGGUACUUCCAAGGGCCUGACGGCAGUACUAUCAGGCGAGAUGAGAGAUACGGCACAACUGAACGCCUUUGCCGUGUAUGGACUCGAGAAGUUCUUGUCCAAGGAAGAACGAGUUGAAAUUUUCCGUGCCAUGCCCGGCAUCUCCAGCAUGCUGCCCAAGGGCGGCAAUGAGGUCUGGGGGAACCACACCUGGGCUCCGGAUGACUUCCCUAACCAACCAUUCACAAACGGCAACCUGCUCAACUUCCGGUCUAACACUACCCUCCAACCGGCAGCGCAAUAUAACUUCACUGUAGAAGAUGGACUGGCAUAUCUAUACAAUACCUCCGAGCCAUGGUAUCGCAACCAGCUGGAAGAGAACUAUUCUCAUGGCGUUGCACAUACAGCUGCCGAAGUAGAAGCCAACGAGAAUGAUCCACGCAAAUGGCUGAACCCGCUGGAAAUCCGCCUUCCUUUAGCGCCUAAUCUGAAGAUAUACUCAUUCUACGGCGUCGGUAAGCCAACGGAACGAAGCUAUUUCUACCGUGAAGACAUGGAUCCGUUAUCCAAGCUAAACGUCACUAUGGAUACAUCUGUGAUGGAAGGCGAGGGCCCAGGGGCCGUGGAUCACGGAGUGGUAAUGAAUGAGGGCGAUGGGACCGUUAACUUGCUUAGUUUGGGAUAUAUGGGCACUCGCGGAUGGAGGAUUAAGAGAUUCAACCCGGCCAGGAUACCGAUUAAGGUGUAUGAGAUGCCUCAUGAGCCAGAGAGGUUUUCACCCAGGGGAGGUCCCAACACAGCCGACCACGUCGAUAUCCUGGGUCGGUCAUCCCUUAACGAUCUGAUUCUGCGCAUCGCAGGUGGUAAAGGCGAUUCGAUAGAGGAGAACUACGUGUCGCGGAUCAAGGAGAUAGCGAGCCGCGUGAAGAUCUAUGAUGAAGAGUAG